GUGAGAGAGAGGAGGAGGAGGAGGCAAAAGAUCUCAGUUAAACACUGCAGAAACACAAGAGUGAAAGGAAUGUGUGACUUUGCAGAAGAAGGAGCAUAAGAAGGAGCAGGAGGAGCAGAAGAAGGAGCAGAAACGGAGAGGAAGUACAGAGGGGAGGAGGACGUCAUGUCUCUGGAGGGAAAGGUGGCUCUGGUGACGGGGGGCGCUCAGGGCAUCGGGCGAGCUGUGGUCCACUCUCUGCUGCAGAGGUCUGUUAAGGUGGCAGUGGUGGACCUGAACACAAUCUGUGGAGAGGAGUGCAAAGCAGAGCUGGAUGCAGAAUUCGGAGAAGGGAAAUGUUUGUUCAUACAGUGCGACGUGUCAGACGGAGCCGCGCUCACAGAGACCUUCCAGAGGACUGUGGAUGAGUUUGGGCGUCUGGACAUCGUCAUCAACAACGCCGGCAUCAACAAUGAGAAGCACUGGGAGAAAACGAUCCAAGUGAACCUGACUUCAGUGAUAAAAGGAACGUACCUGGCUCUUGAGCAUAUGAGCAAAGAGAACGGCAAAGAAGGGGGAACCGUCAUCAACGUGUCCUCUAUGGCAGCCUUCCUGCACUCGCCUCAUCAGCCCGUUUACACAGCCACCAAACACGGAGUCAUCGGCUUCUCCCGAGCGAUGGCGGACGCGUCGGCUCUGGGCGACUACGGCGUGCGCAUCAACGUGCUGUGUCCGGCCUUCGUAGACACGCCGCUGCUGCACUCGGUGGAACACGAGGAUAACAUGGGAAAAUUCGUCAAGUUCAAAGAAGACUUCAAACGCAGCAUGAGCAAGUUCGGAGUUUUAAAGCCGUCGCUGAUCGCCGAGGGGAUGAUGAAGCUCAUCACGGACACCACGCUGAACGGGGCCGUGAUGAAGAUCACCUGCUCAAAGGGAAUCCACUUUCACACCUACGAGCCCAUGUCCGCCUGAGCUCCGCCCACCUGAUCCCCGACCCCCCCCCCCCCCCCCCCCCCCCCCCCCCCCGACCCCAGCCGACCCCAAACUGACCGCUGACUGACCUCCGCCAGCCCGCCGCCCAGCAGGAGGCUGAAUCUGCAAGAUGAACGAUACAAACCAGCACUUCACAGCUGGUUUAUAUCAUUUUUGUAAUAAUUAUUAAUAUGUGUAACUGGAGCGACUGUUUAAUACAUGAAGAGGAUAGAGGACAUAUUUAUUGAUUAUUACAUGUUGAUUACAUUACCUUUUUUAAAACUUUGUUCUUAUAUUACAGUAAACGUCUUAAAUGCUGA